CUCAAGUUUAUAAUCAUCAGUCAAGGAGGUAGAAAGUAGAAACACUCUCUCUCAGUGAAUCAGUUCUCACUUCUCAGAAACUUCUUCUUGAUUUGCGGAAAAUUAAUCAUUGCAAAAGAAAAGGGAUAAGAUCAAGACCAUACAUAGAGGUUAUAGCAUAGCAUAUGCCUGGUCUUUGGUUCUUACCAGAAAAAUAUACCUGGUCUUUGGGGCGGUGGGAAAUGCUAAAGUCAUUGAUCGUGUAGUUCUGAUUCACGAGAUUUGGCUGCAUAUAUUCUUGCUUUGAGCAGAAGACGGCUAGAAUCUUUUCUAAAGAGUGUCUUUAUUGAUUGCGUUUAGGCUAAGCUGUUCUUGACCUGUUUCAUUCGUCUCUAAAAACUUCAACACCCCCAAUCCCAUGACAUAUAUACCAUGAACAAGAGAUCAACGCAUAUGCCGAAUAUUGCAGCGGUGUCCACUGCAGAGAAUGGUGGCAGUCAGUCACAAUCAGGAAACCUAGGUGGAGGACACAUGGAGGAGCAUGCUAUGCAGAGGCCAAAGGGCCAAGGAACCCAUAAUCAGCAGCAGACAACAUCUCCAGGUGGGAUUUUAUCUUCAGUGAAACAUCCUGCAGAAGUUGAUAAUCCGCCUAUAGAUCAACAAACCCAAAACCAUCAAAACCAGCAACAGAAAACAUAUCCAUCUCCAGCUGCAGAAGCUGGUCAUUCCCAGCCAACCUAUGGAAAUUCUUACAAUUUCCAGCAAGGGCACCAGGAAACUUCUAUCAAUUCACAGCAACGGCAGCAUUUCACUGAGAAUCAACCAAAAGGAAUUUCCGUGGGACAACACUCUCAAGUUAAUAUUAUUGUUUGUGCUCCAGUUCCACCGCCGCAGGAAUCCACGAAAGAAAAGUCAGACUGUACUUGUUGUGUCGUCCUUUGAUUCAGUUAAGAGUUAAAAGGGAUAUACUACUUUUGUAUAUGUUUCAUAUGUGGUGAAAUAGCCAAUAUUCCCCCCGCUCUAGCAGUCAUCAUUCAGGAGCUGUUCCUCUCAAAUAUUUUUGGCCGAUUGUUCCUCUCAAAUUCAGCAUGCCAAUUUACAUCACAAUUUGUUGUUUUAUUCUCACUCUUUUUUUAUUUUUUAGCUGUGUUGUAUCCCUCAAACAAUCUGUAUAUA